UAAACUCAGCUCACAUACGCUGUGUGCGCUGCUGUCACAGUGUUUACAUUUAUUUUAUUUUAAUUACGGCACAACCUUGUCGUUUUUAGUAUAGGUUGGAUUUAAACGCCAGACAAACAAGGAAGUCAAUUGUUUGUUUUUUUAAUCAAGCUUCAAUAUUGUCCAGUACAUGUAAUAUUGCACCCACGUUUUAUUGAAUAGAUACGAUUUUGAAAGAAAUGGAGGUGCUCCUCCACGAGGAUUUGGCAGCUUUGUCAGAUUUGGAUGAACAAAGUUUGUUGGAAUCCCUGAGUCAACGGUUUAGACAAGAUCGCAUCUAUACCUACAUUGGGGACAUCUUGGUGGCCAUAAAUCCAUUUAAAUACCUUCCUCUGUAUGAGAAAGAGGUAUCAGAGAGCUAUAAGUACCAUGAGAAGACCAAGCUACCUCCUCACAUAUUUGCUGUGGCAGACAGGGCCUACCAGUCCAUGCUGGGACGGUUGGCCACAGGACCCCGAAACCAAUGCAUUGUGAUCAGUGGGGAGAGUGGAGCAGGAAAGACGGAGAGCACCAAGCUGCUGCUCAGACAGAUCAUGGAGCUGUGCAGAGCCAACUCUCAGCUGGAGCAACAGAUAUUACAGGUGAAUCCUCUGCUGGAGGCCUUUGGCAAUGCCCAGACUGUGAUGAAUGACAACAGCAGUCGCUUCGGGAAGUACAUUCAGCUGCGCUUCCACAACUCCUCAGUCAAAGGAGCUAAGAUCAACGAGUACCUCCUGGAGAAGUCUCGUGUGGUCCACCAGGAUGAGGGCGAGAGGAACUUCCAUAUCUUCUACUGCAUGCUGGCGGGCAUCUCCCCGGAGGACAAAGACAUGUAUGGACUCCUGGACCCCACACAGUACAGGUAUCUGAAUGGGCGGUACGGCUCGGGGGACAUAGUAAGGAAAUGGGGGGAGAAGUACAGUGAGGUGUGUAACGCCAUGGACAUGGUGGGAUUUGAAGAACAGGAGAAGGUAGACAUGAUGACUAUUCUAGCAGGGAUCCUUUCUCUGGGAAACAUCAUGUUUGAGCCCACAGAGACCGACACUCUCAGGGUCACCGACAAGUCCAUGGGCUGGCUCAAAGCCACAGCCGGUCAGUUUGGGGUGCAGGAGGAGGAGUUGCUGAGGAGUCUGACCUGUACUCUGUCUGUGAUGAGAGGAGAGGCCAUCCGCAGGCUGCACAACCAGCAGCAGGCUGAGGAUGCCAGGGACUCCAUCGCCAAAGUGGCUUACGGGAGAGUAUUCGGCUGGAUCGUCAGUAAAGUUAACGAACUGCUGGCUCCCAACGUCGACUUUGACGUUGAGCUCAGUGAAAUAGGUAUCCUCGACAUCUUCGGGUUUGAGAAUUUUGCUGUUAACCGUUUUGAGCAGCUCUGCAUCAACCUGGCCAAUGAACAGCUGCAGUACUUCUUUAACCAUCACAUCUUUCUGAUGGAGCAGAAUGAAUACAAGGAGGAGGGCAUUGAGUGGGAAUCCAUUUCCUUCAAAGACAACAAGCCUAUCCUGGAACUGUUCCUCACUAAACCCAUUGGAAUCCUUUCUCUCCUGGAUGAGCAGAGUGCAUUUCCCCAGGCGUCAGACAGAGACUUUGUGGACAAGUUGAACAGUAAAUUUAAAAGCAGCCCCCACUAUGAGGUGGUCCGGAGUCACAGCCCCCUCUUCACUGUGGUUCACUAUGCUGGGAAGGUCCAGUAUAAUGGACUAGGCUUUCUAGAGAAGAACAGAGACACCAUCCCAGCCAGCAUCAGAAGCCUCUUCAUUAACAGUGUCACGCCCCUACUCAGUCUCCUCUUCGCAGCCACAAUCUCCAGAACAGGCACCUUGAUGCCACGCAAAGCCAUGCUCAUGCAAAAGGCAGAUGACAACUUUAACUCAACUCGGAAACAGUCGGUCGGGGCCCAGUUUAAGCACUCUCUGGCUGUGCUGAUGGAGAAGAUGUUUGUUGCCAGUCCUCACUUUGUCCGCUGCAUCAAACCUAACGGCAGCAAGCUUCCUGAUCAGGUGGACAACAAAAUAGUCAUGGACCAGCUAAGAUACAACGGCCUUCUAGAAACCAUCAGGAUACGAAGAGAUGGCUUCUCCUGGCGACCGUCGUUCAAAGAAUUUGCUCAGAGGUUCAACAUUCUGCUGAUCAAGCCAGAUUUACCACUAACCAAGGAAAGCUGCAUGUCCAUCCUCAACACUACUAAGAUACAUGGCUGGAAGUGUGGCUCGUCUCGUAUGUUCUUUAAGUAUUGGCACCAGGAGGAGUUGGCCAGGCUGUUAGAGAGACUUGGCAAGGCAGCACUUGUCAUCCAGAAAGACUACCGUUCACUGCGCUGCAGGAGGAAGUACCUGUCCUUGCUGGUGGAAGUGCACAGACAGAGGCAGGCCCAGAAAGAGAGGGCAGAGAGAGAAGCCAGGGAGGAGGAGGAGGAGGAGGAGAAGAGGAGGGAGCAGGAGCUGGAGGAGGAGAUGAGGAGGCGACUGGACAUGGAGCAGGAGAACAAGAGGCCAUUCUCUCCACCUGUGCCCCUACCCAGGAAAAAGAAGCCACAGCCCCAGCCUCGCUCUAUCCUGCCCACUGCUACCCACCUGGCUCCUGUCCCACGGCCCCGCAGCAAACAGUUUGAGGCCACUCCCUUUGACAACCUGGAGGUGCAUAUUGAACUGGCUGAGCUGGUGGGCCAGGUAGGGGGAGAGGAGCGAGCUAGGGAGAGGAGCAAGAAAAGGAAGAACACCAUCCGCUGGUUCAAGGAGACACAGGCCCGUAAGGUGGUCCACAAUGGAGCCUUCCCCUGCUGGUUCCAUGGCAUGAUUACACGCAGACAAGCAGAGGAUUUGAUGACGGACAAGCCUGUGGGCUGUUUUCUGAUUCGUGUGGGACAGAGCCGGGAGGGCUACACACUAACAUAUAAGGGGGCGAACCGCUGCAGGCACUUUAUGAUUGAGAUGCAGUCCAACGGGAAGUAUGUGAUCCUGGGGGAGGAUAAAGCCCACCCCUCCCUGCCUGAUCUGGUGCAACACCACAGCCAGGUGGGCAUCAAGCCCUUCAACGAGCUGCUCAGCACGCCCUGUGGACAGACAUGUGACCAGAACACAGACUACGAGGACUUGAAGGGCCUGGACCUCCUGGCUACAGCCAACCACGGGAGCCCCAAGUCUGGGGAGGAGGGUGAGUCAACCCCCGACCCUGUCCACCUGGAGCUCCAGCAGCUCUUCCUGCCCCCGGGGCAGGGCCCCAGCCUGGAGUCCCAGAGACCACCUGUCCUCAGGCGGAUAUCUGACCGAAGACACCGGGCCGUGGCUGGAGGAGGGGAGGCCCGUGGAGGGAGGAAUGGGGAGAGAGGAGAGGGGGAAGAAGAGGAGGACGAGACUGACCACAAGAGCAGGUCAUUCCCCCGGUUGUAUCCUUCCAUCCGAUUGGCUAUGAGGGAGAUCCAACAGCAUUUUCCAGAUGGCCAGGAUCAGAGCCCCUCUAUCUCUCACAGUACCACCAACCCCUCCUGGAGGAGGACAGAUUCAUAACCCAUGGGAUGGAGGGAGUUAAUGCUAUUUGUUGUUUUUCCCCAACUGAAUGAGUUAACUGGACCAUAUUCUGUCUAAGCUUUAUCCAUGAACAAAUUGUAAGGAGAUACUUCCUUGUUUACUAGUAUUUUAUUUUGUAACGAUUUAAAUUGAUGUGUGAAGGGGUUUUAUGUUUCUGAUUGUAUUGUUGUUUAUGUUUAUUUAAAUGUAAAUUAUGCAGUGGGAAUGUUUACAUUCUGUGGAUUUACUGAAUAUUUUUAUUUGUUUACAUUUUAGAUAUCUGGUUGUCCUCAAGUUUGUUUUUUCCCCCCCCAUCAUAAUAAAAUCUGCAUGAAAAUUC